UAGCUGGAAAAUGGAUUGAAAGGCAGUAAAAAAAAAAAAAAAAAGAAAAUGUGCAAGAUCCUGGGGAAAUUUCAUCCCAUAAUUGAACAGCAAAAUGUUUUGAAUGUGUUUCCAAACUAAAUCUUUGACUGGGAAGCCAUAUGUAGAUUUGCAAAUAGCUGUUGUCUCUUGUGUCCCUCAUUAAUGGAAUAAGAGGCACUUUGUGUGUUGAUUUUCAACCUAUUUAAAACAUUUAAAAUGUUGAACUUUUGAUGGACUAUCACCACCACAUCAAAAGACUGUUAAAUACAUGUGUGAUUCCUUCAGGAAGAGUAAAGAGAAGAGAAGACCACAGUUAUGAGUUAGCUGUUAAAAAAAACACCUCUUUUUUGCUAACACUUUGAGGUCAGUUUUGAAUUAUAAUAAAUUGACUUUAUUAAUAACUUACUGACAUACAUCUGAACAGGAUUAAUAGUGAUUUCCUUUGUCUAAUAACUAUUGGGAAUUGUGCUUCCAAAUAAAUGAUUUAGCGUAUCAUCUCCAAAAUACAAUUGCUAAAAAGAAAAGCAUAACUGUUCAAUUGGUCUACAAGAGAUAUUCUUCUAUUGUAGAUCAGCCUCAAUUGUGUCUUUCCAAUGAAGCAUUAGCAAAGAAAACAAUUUUUCGGAAGUUAGAAUGGAAGCCCAAAAUAUGGAACAUUCAGCAAAAGGAAUUCAGAUGGACACUGAGCAACGAUUGGAAACUUCAAAUACAACUGAUCCAAUUAUUGCUCCUGACAGUCCAGCCACAAAGGCUUCUAUCUUUUGCUUUAAGAAAAGGAAAAAGUCUUGUGAGAAAGGAGAGGAGAAGGAUGAGAACCAUGAAUCCAUUUCACUUAGCUUAAGGCCUGCUAACCAAUCUUCUGACAUGGGGCACAAUGAAGCAGAGGUUUCGAAUCCAUUUUGGACUUCAGGAGGGGCCUGGCUGGCUUUCAAACGACUAGUAACAUUAAGGAGAAGAUCCAAAUCCUCUCUGAAGAAGCAAACACAGGCUUGUUCUCGCGUACAUCUAGAGGUGGACAGAGGAGAUUCUGGCAGGAAGCAUGCCAGUUCUAGUUCUAAGAUUCCCUGCCUAAGACUCUCCCGAAGCAAAAAAAGGACCAGCCAUUCUCAAAUAAUAGAACAGCCUGAUGGCGAGAAAAAAGGAAAUGAUACAGCAAGCAUCGUGAAUAACAAAAGUAACAAAGAGCCAGAGAUUGUGGCUAUGGAAGUUCCCCUUGAUGCAAAGCAAUCUCCCAGCAGAGGACUUCAGGAAGGAGAAAGUGACAGUGGAGCCAUGACAAAUACGGAAAAUGUUUCCUGAUCCCAAUUGUUAUGCUGACUGUGGUGUUCCAUCAGAAAUAAUCCAUUCUGAAACUGCCCUUGUAACUGAAGAAGAGAAGCAAAUAUUUCAGUUGCAUCAUGGAACGCUCUAUGGAAACUUUGAAGAGCUGGAAAAUCAGAAGUUCAGUUUUAACGUUGAGAUCAGUCCUCCCAUUCCUCAGGACCUGCCUGAAAGUGAACAGCAACUUAUAGGAAGAGAGGGAACCAAAGAAACCAAGUCACAGCCAUUUGGGGCAGGCAUUGAUGUGGUGGGCAAAAGCGAGGAUGCGGCUGCUAAGGAAGGCCAUUCCAUUGAAGUGAUGUUGCAUUGCAGCCCAUCUGCAAUGGAAGACGAGGCUUCAGACAUACCGGUUCAUUUUGAUGAGGAAGAGAAAAGUGAAGGAAAUCAGUUUACCCUUCCUGGGGCUGGCAUUGUAAUCAUGAUCACUGAGGCUGAAGAUGAUCAGGAUGAGGAAGAAGAAUCGGCCCCUCCCUGUGAAAUGUUUGCAUUUCCCCAAGCCAUCAAGCAAAAAGGGAAGAAAAAAAGUAGCAAAAACAAAACUCCCACUGCAGGGUGCAACCACACAAAGGAAGACCAAGAAUGCUCCCAGGUCCCAUCUUCCUUUGGCACCAACAGCCAGGAACACUGGACUUCAGAGCAAUAUGAAAUGCUGUUGAUUGAAACAGCUGCCUCGCUUGUGAAGACAGCCAUCCAGUCAUCUGUUGAGCAGCUUGUCAAUGAAAUGGCCUUGGAGCAAAAUCAACAAAACAGUGUUUUAUGAUCAUGAGAGCCUCUUUGUGAAUUAGAGGCAGGCCUGCAAUUCUGUCAGGCAAUGGAAGCAUUUGAACAAAUUGGCUUGUACUAGGAAGGAAAGUACCAUUUGGGUUUUCUUUGUCCAUUGCCAGCACUGUUUGAUCCAUCCUUAAUGACCAGUUCAGUAUUAAUGCUGUGAGGAAAUGUUCCAGAUGUCCUGAAGUAUUUAAACUUAGCAUGAGAGAUUAGGGAGGGUCUUAAUUCCUGAGAUAUUUGCAGUAUCUGUGAUUAACUUAAUUUUGCAUGUUGGUAUAAUGGAUGUAUAUCGUAUUGUAUAAACAGCUUGUAAAAACAAGGUGGGAGGGUCUUUUGCUGCAUGGUGACCUGUCUUAAUGGUUUACUCUCUAUAGUAGAUCUAGGAAAGACACCCAUUUCCUCCCUUUCCUUUCUUCUCAAUUUAUUUAUUUUAUUUGCAGAUAUCGAAUUAUUCAAGUAUUAUUGUCAAUGAUUGAGCACUUUUUUUUCUACCCCACUGCCUUUCAGAUAAGUUUGACCUUUCUUAAUUUUUAGCUGAAAUGAUAGGAACCGGUGUUCCACAUCUGGAAGUCAGUAGCACAGGUGAGUUCCUACCAGUUCAGACCAAUUCAGCCAAACCGGUAGUAGUUUGCUG